GGUUCUUACACAAAGGAUUUCUGGUGAAUUUAGAUCCUUGUAAGAGAAAAUUUCCCUUUUCUUUUAGUAUCCAAAAACGUUGAUCGUUAGGAAAUAAAAUGUCAUAGUUCUUAUGAAAACCUCCAUCACACUUUCCUUCAUAUUUCUUUUGCUACUUUUUAUUUAUUUCUAUUUUUUUAGAUUAAUAACUUGGGUAAAUGGCGUGUAGUGGAGGUUCCUUGUUUAUGACUUUUGUGUUUUCUAAAAGCUUUGUAAAAAAAGAAAAAACCACGGUCACUUUGCCCCUGGACCCCACCACGGGGCUUACAGCGCCCCCUGGAACCCAGCUGUUGCGGCAACUCGUUUCGCUCGUUGAUUGUUACUAAAUACAAAUGCGUCAAAAAUACUUUUUCAUGUCACUUGUUGCAUUACUUUUCCCAUCCUUUCCAGUGCUUUCUGAUGUCCACAAAAAUAUAUUUUAAAUAAAAUAUAAACAGUUACAUCGAUUUUAGCAAUUUUCAUUUAAAAGCUGAAUUAACUAAUUCCAGGGUUUGCUCAUUAAAUUUUUUAUUGUCAUGUUUAACGUAAAUGUUACGACUUUUAUGGCUUUGAGGACGGUUUUUACUCAAUGAUACACGGUUGUACUUAUGGAUGCAACUUAUUCUAUAUGCACAAGAUACUUGUGUCACAGUAGGUAGAAACCACUUCACUCAUAAAGUUCUAUAUAUAUCACAGAAUAUCUUCAGAGGAAACAAAUAAAGUAUAUAAAUUUUAAACCUUAGUGUAAACCUGAAUUUUUCUAUUUAUUUAUUUCAAUUAACUAUGCAAGAGGCACUAACUACAGUGGUGGCAGAAAAAGAUGAGAAAAUACAUGUAAAUUUAAAUGACACUUUAGAUCAAUCUACUACAUCUGACUCCCGAAGUAUGUCCUCCUUUGUGGAAAGCUGGGCACAAGUAUCAUACGGUAUCGGCGCAUCAUUAAACGAACAUACAGAAAAUACAGUGUAUUCUUUGCUGAAUAUCCCUUCUAGUGACCGCCGUUCAAACAGCAUAUUAAUGAGCAUCAAUCUUCAAUCGAUGAUUAUGGGUACAACAAUGUUAAGCGUGCCUUACUGUGUGCGACUUGCUGGUAUUUGGGCUAUCGUGAUGGUUGUUGUGAUUGGCUUUGUGACAAAUUUUACUGCGAGUAUUAUCUCAGAUUGUCAGUAUCAAUUAUCUCUGAGCAAUCCUGGCUUAUAUAAGCGCGUCUAUGCCACCUUCAUUGAUAUGUCUAAAGCUUGUUGGAACAAAGCUGGAACACAUAUCAUGGUUUUACUAACAUACUUAAGUCUUGCCAGAAACAUUGUUGUUAUUAUUCUGUUGUCUGACGUCACCAGUGAAAUUUUAGCUGUUAUUGGGAUCACUACUUACAAUAAGCAAAUACUGUCAGUAAUUUGGACUUUAUUAACAAUUCCUUUGUUGCUGAUCAGAAAGAUAUCAAUAUUAGCCUGGAUAAGCUUCAUUGGGUUAAUACUUUAUUUGUCAGCCUUGUUUUCCAUGCUUAUACUUAGUUGUUUUUCAUGUUCCAAGUGGAACUUUAGUCAAAUCCCAUGGAGAGUUGAUAUCACUAAAAUUGGAAUUGCAAUCGGAAUUAUUAUUAACUCGUAUGCCGUACAUUUAAACUUGCCAAACCUCGAAGGAAGUUUAUCAGAACCUGGUGUUUAUAUGAAAACAACAACUGUGACAUUUUUAAUAAAUAUCUUCACAAAAAUCGCCUUUGCUUUGUGUUGUUAUUUGACAUAUACGGACACCACGCAACCAGAGAUAACAAGUAAUAUAGAUGGCUGGUUUCCAAUGCCUUUAUUGCUUCGAAUUGCCAUCAUGUUUUUCUCCUACUUUACCAUACCAUUACAAAAUUUUGUUGUUUUUGAAAUGAUUGAUCAAACUUUGUUACCGCAUUUCCCGAUUUUUGACAACAACAUCUACGUGUGGACAAUCUUAUCACGGAGUGUUUUUAUGACCAUGUGUCUAUUUGUAGCGAUUCUAAUUCCACAUUUUGGAAUAGUGGUUAGUUUAAUUGGGAGUGUUCGUGGUAGCAUAGUAGCAUUGGUAUUGCCAGCUUGCAUUUAUAUCAAAAUACAAACACACGAAAAAACAUAUUGCAAAAAGAUUUUGUGUUACUUGGUUGUACUGUUUGGAAGUUUAGCUGGAGGUGUUGGGUUGUAUUCAUCUAUUGCUGCGUUAUUAUAAAAAUGAAAAUUACCUAGCAAAGUUACUUGCGACUUUCUAAAAAGGUAAUCCAAAAGUAAUUCCAUAUUUACCGUAAUUCGCUUGACGCAGACUGAAAAAUACAUGGCAAGUUCAAACUUUCAACAUAUUUAAUUUUUAUUUAAGCAGUUGCUCAUUUAGUUUUGAAUAAACCGUCUGCAACAUCCAUUUCAAGAAUUGUCAAGAUAUUUCAGAAUAAACACCAUAUUGACAAUAAAUUCUUGCUGACGGAUAAUAAUAUUAAGUAACAAACAUAAAAAAGACUUUGACCUAAUUCAGAAAAAUUUGACGCAGACGAAUAAUUCCUAGCGGGAGUGAUUGGAAGAAUUUAAAGGAUACUGCAUGCGAUGCAUUCCAACACGUUAUGAUGAAAAUAACGCUAUAAUAAAAACAGUGUUUGAAAAAUCUAUUAAAAUUUUAAAAGUUAGAUAAUUCAAAAGUGAUUCUUCCAAGUAAAGGCCUACGGGGUGACAUUAAAUAAAUUGUCGACAAAAAUACUGUAAGUCAACCUCGUUCUUAGGGAUUUUUGCCUUUUUGAUAUGAGAGAAAGCAAUCAAAAAUCCCUGGAAACGAAGUGUACUAUAAGUCACCUCCUAGAACGCGCGCCUUUUUAUUUGCUGGUGAUAUUUCUUUAACAACACAUCUCUUUUUUUAAAUACAUCAAAUUUAGACUAAAGAAACGAUUAUGAACAAAGCUCUGCUAUAAAAAAAAAUUUUUAUAAAAUGAUCCAAUACGUUUUAGAUGAAUUGUCUUAUUUAGUGCUAUAGGUUUUGAAAUUAUUUUCUUUUUUUACUGUUUUUUACGGUCCCUUGGACAUUUCUUAAUACUUCUUUAUAAAAACUACUUGUUAACUCUAACCCCGGAUAAGUGGAACAUUCGUUUUAUCGAACCAUUUUCUGUUCCUCCUUAAGUUAAUUUCUUCGGAUAACUCGAACUUUUAGUGUAUAAGUACAUUAUAAAUGUUCGAAAAAUGAAUACUGGGAUUUAAUGUAGCCAGAAAUUUCAGAAGGCUGUUGUUAAAUGUUCCUUUUGAUAGCAAGGCUCUUCAAUUUGCUGAAGAUUUUGAUCUUACAAAUUUUAAGGUGUCAGAUGGAGAAGCGAGAAAAAAGGUUAGAAAAUAAAUACAUUCUUGCACGUAACAAAACUUCAGUUCUCUUUUAAAUUAUAAGUUGUUGUUUUUUUAAAAUGCCACCAUACACAUUUGUUCUGACAGUCUGAUAAUGCUUAAAGCAAGUCACUUGCAUGCCAUCGCCAUCCAAGAUUUACUGCUUUUGCAGUAAUAGUGAUAACGCAUUUUCCAUACGGAUUGGCACGUAGGAAAUAAAAAUUCCUUUUAGCAAACUUUCAGUUUUUCCCUAACGGCAAAUGGCCAAUCAAGUGUUGAACAAGAACUAUCAACAAGG